UCGCCAUCGUCAUGUUCCUCUGCCUUCCUUGUCUCCGGACAACGCGCUAGGCCUCGAUACCCCUCACCACAGCCUCGGCGCCUCUGCCCAGGGUGAGUACCUUGACCGUUCUUUGGCUGUCUGUCGCUCAUGAUCAUAUCCUUAGCUGGUCUUCCGUCCCCACCCUCGCACGAGCCCACCUAUGGGGCCGACCCCGAGCACGACGAGCCCAACAUCUUGCGCUACCCCAACGAAGAGCCCCAGGCUUAUCCCCCUGAUGAGCCCGCCACAUAUCCUGAGGACGAAGAUCCCUUCUAUCCACCGGCACCUCGCAGCCCUUCGUCGACCUCUGCUCGGUUUGCCUUCCGCAACCCCUCUGCGGCGCCCCGCGACCCCUCUCCAGCGCCUCGCGAACCUUCUCCGGCGCCCCGCGUCCCUCCUCAGGGUCCUUUUAUUGCUCCUCCAUUGCCUGGCAGCCCUCGAUUCGCUCUCGAUGCGUACACGUUCGGGGAACCGUCUCGCGGCCCCAUCCUCCCGGAUCCUGUCUCUCCGCGCUCGCGCACGCCACCUGUGCCAUCGAGCGCGCGGCGUGGAGGCUCGUCGGACGGGCGGCGUGUUGUCCCGUCCCAGGACCCACGGCGCGGCAUCGUCCCGUCGAACGCACUCUAUACACCCUUCUACCCUUCGCCUUCGUCGCGAGCUCCAGAGCCCUAUACGCGAGCCCCAGAGCCCUAUACGCGAUCUCCGGAGCCCUACUUGUACUCCCUCGCCGGACACAACGCGCCGACCGUGCCGUCGCAGCGAGGAGCUCCGACAUCACAUCAUUCUCAGUGGCCGGAGGACUCAGGGUACGAUGCGCCGCCGCAUGCCUCGACGUCCUACGCCGCACGUGCUUCGACGUCGUACGCGCCGGACGUGGGCCCGUCGCAUCACGCCCCGCAAAGUCCAUCGCGCUACGAGCCGCGGCAGGCUUCGACGUCUUACGACCUGCCUCAAGCCUCGACGUCAUACGCGCCAGCUUCCACGUCGCGGGUGCCGCCCCUGGCUCCCGCCCAGUGGAUCCCUCGCCCUCCUCGUUCACCGUACCCUCAGCACCCGCAGCGGCCCGCCGAGGACUACAUCCUGCCCCCGCUCAGGCUCCCGACGGAGCAUCGUGCACCCGCCGCGUCUACUCCGCAGCAGCCUGCCGCACCCGCCGCCCGGCACCCCGUCGCCUCUACCUCCUACGCCGCUUAUCCUGCUCAUUCCUACCCUGCUCAUGCCUAUCCCGCGACAUACCCCGAUGAACCAUCGACGAUCGGCCACCACGUCCCCCGGGAUACGGUCGCGUUCAUCACCGAGUACUUCGGGAGCGAUCGGCAAACGCUCGUUUGGGGGGCUGCCGAUCAGUUUUGGCGGCAGCGGGCGGAGGCCAGGCAGAGCCGCCACGACGCGGACGGGUCAGAGUUGCAGAUCAUGAGGGAGGCGCUGGAGAGCAUGGGGCGGCGGCUGGCUGAAGCCGAGGCGCUCUCUGAGUCCAGGCGGGUGGAGCUCGAAGAGGAGAGGGAAGAGACGCGAGCACUCCGGGAGACUAACCGCGAGCUCCGACAGAGAGUGCAGGACGUGGAGGAAAUGGCAGCCAAUCUCGCAACGGGUUCCCAGGAGAGGGAGCAGGACCUCCUGCGCGCCAACCGCUCCAUGGCACGACAGCUUCAUGCCCAUGGGAUUGUGCCGGAGAUCGACCAGGUCGAAGAGUCGGUGUCCGAGGACGAGGUCGUCACUCCUGGCGGGCCUAACUCCCAGGCUGAGGACGUCACUAUCGUCGAGCCCAACACCGUUGUCGAUGGCUUCACCCCAGUCGCGGAGUUUGACCCCGUCGACGAAGCCUUGGAAGCCGAAGAUGACCUUGAGUACGCUGAUGACUUGGACGCCGACGAUGAGUUCGAGGUCACUACCCCCGUUCAGGCCACCACCACCGUCCAGGUUUCUACCCCAGUCGAAGCCACUGCCCCGGUCGAAGCCACUAUCCCGGAUGAAGUCACUACCCCGAUGCAGCGUUGGCCCGCUCUCGCGCCCUCACACUCGACUCUCAGUCUCCCUCCUGCUUCGUACCCCUCACCCGCCGAGGGUCCCGCCCCACGCACAUCCGAGACGCCAGUCCCUGGUCCCUCGCGCUCGACUCAGGCUUCCGCUUCCCCGCGCGCAUCGCCCAAGCCCGCCUCUCAGCGCUCCUCACCCCGCCUGGCCUCCCGGCGCUCCUCGCCUCGACACGCCUCUCCGCGCCCAUCGCCUCGCCUCGCCUCCCCGUACGCGCGGCCCGCAUCCGCAUCCUCGCAGCGCUCGCCCUCCCCCGCGCAACCAUCGUCGCCUGCCUUCCGCCCCUUUGCAUCCUCCAUGAUGUCUGUCGCCCCCCAUGCCAUGAGGAGCCGACGUGGGGCGCCGCUCAUGAUCCAGGCAUACGCCGCUGAAUCGCUGGAAGAAGAGCAGGACGAGGACGAACCUGCCAUCAAAGUUGAGCCAGAGGAGGAGGACGAACUUGUCGUCAAACUCGAACCAGAGGAAGAAACCCUCCCCUCCCGCCGCUCGUCGGUCGCUUCCAGCUCUCGCGCCGCAUAGAGCCAUCGAUUCGGAAGCCAUGCAAGUACUAUAUACCCCUUCCC